CAGUUGAUUUGUGAAGAGGGUAUCACGCAUCAAUACCUUGCUUGUGUGCUUUAUGUCAGUUAUAUUCGAUCUGGCACCGGAAGAAAAUAUAUUACAUUUAUUACUUUAUUUAACUUGUGAGUAUGGACAAUGUGUGGGCUAUUUAGUUGAGUCAGAUUAUUCAUUUAACAAUGAUGGACUGUGGUGGAAAAAAGCCGUUGAUAGUUUAUGGGGUGUUACUAGCGUUACAAUUAGGUCUGGUGAUUGCCUUAUUUUACUUUGCGGCUCAAGGUAAAGGUCACAUGGAUGAGAGCGAGAAAGGAACGGACAUACCUUACUAUGCUGGAGCUUUUAUUGUGGCUGCAGUGAAUUGUUGUUUAGUGAUAUUUUCCAUUUUGUUGGUGGUAUUUUUCGUCUUCGAUAUAGACAAAGGUUCUGGUGCGAUUUUAUGUACAGUGUGCGUGUUUGUGUACCUGGCAGUUCCAGCAUUUAUUCUAGGAGUUAUAUUUAUAACUCUGUUUGGAAUUUCUAACUGCAAGAAGAAUGAGAACGUAUCAUAUGACAGGAAUGGUUUCUGUAGCUAUGAGACCAACAUUGACAACAACUAUAAUACAGCUGUACUCUGUUUGAUAAUGACGUUGAUGUUGUUUCUCACCAAUAUUGUACACAUGUAUUUAUUGUGUAAGUAUGACGGUGACCUGGAGGAUGACGAAGUGUAUAUAACGAGGGGUCACACCAGCCGGGCUAGUGGUGGAGGAAAGUCGUCACUCAACACGGGACGGUCAUCUAACAGCAAGGGUGGCAAUCGUACACUAAGAAUGAUGGUUCGAGACAGGAAAAUACGGAAUGAUGAACAGAAACAACGGAGAAUGGGCGUUCCUGAACACAAAAUUAACAAGAUGUUCAUGCCACGAUACUAAUCUGAUUUGAAACAUCAGACUUAAGUGAUAUUAACUUUAACAUACUCGAGUUUGGAUUACGUUUUGUGACGGACGCCAGGUUAAAAACAUUGUCCACAUACAUUGUCUUUCAUCAGGGUCUUUAAAUUAUUGUCAAUACCCCGCUUUUAUUUGUAAUAAAAUGUACAGAAUUUUUGUAGAAAAAAAAGUGCCGAUCUGUAAUAUGAUAUUGUUGUUAAAUAAACACGUUCAUUUGUA